AGCCAGACAUUGCCAGACAACCAGUUUUCAUGGUUAGACACAGUAAUUUUCAGCUUGCUGUUUAACACCUUGAUGAGAAAUUGUCUCAUGGAAUGUUAUCUCAUCCGCUGAACACUUCAUUUCAGAAGCUUUGCUUCUGCUGCCACCAAACAUGUCAAUUGCUGUUCUGAGUAGGAAAGAGAAAGAAAAAGCAAUUCACAGACUGUUGAUUCAGGCUCCUCCUGGGGAAUUUGUAAAUGCCUUUGAUGACCUUUGUCUGCUUAUCCGUGAUGAAAAACUUAUGUACUAUCAAGGUGAGUGUGCAGGACACCAACACUGCAAAAAAUAUUCUGUCCCACUCUGCAUUGAUGGAAAUGCAGUCCUCUUGUCUCACCACAAUGUAGUGGGUGACUACCGAUUUUUUGACUACCAAAGCAAACUCUCCUUCAAAUUCGACCUGCUUCAAAACCAGCUGAAAGACAUCCAAAGUCAUGGUAUCAUUCGGAAUGAGACAGAAUACCUGAGAACUGUUGUUCUGUGUGCCUUAAAACUGUAUGUGAAUGAUCACUAUCCAGCAGGAAAUUGCAAUGUACUGAGAAAAUCUGUUAAAAAUAAGGAGUUCUUGAUAGCUUGCAUUGAGAAUCACAACUAUAAUUCAGGAGACUGCUGGAAUGGCCUUUGGAAAUCCAAAUGGAUUUUCCAAGUAAACCCAUUUCUAACUCAAGUAACAGGAAGAAUUUUUGUGCAAGCGCACUUCUUCAAGUGUGUGAACCUUCAUAUUGAAAUCUCGAAGGAUCUGAAAGAAAGCUUGGAAGUGGUUAAUCAAGCUCAACUGGCUCUAAAUGUUUCUAGGCUUGUGGAAGAGCAAGAGAACAGAUUUCAAGUUGCAGUCUUAGAAGAAUUACAGGAGUUAUCAGAUGAAGCUCUGAGAAAAAUUCUACGAAGAGAUCUUCCAGUGACCCGCACUCUUAUUGAUUGGCAGCGGAUACUCUCUGAUUUGAAUCUGGUGAUGUACCCUAAAUUAGGAUAUGUCAUCUAUUCAAGAAGUGUGUUAUGUAACUGGAUAAUAUAAAGGAUUUCUCCUGGUAA